CUUCAUUCACCUAUACACCAUGCACACAUCUACGAAGUAGGCACAUUUCCCUCACUUCAUCUCAGUCUCACUCACUCCUUCUUCCAGCAUUUGGGGCCAAACCAAUCCUGAUUUGAACGGAAGUCAGGUUGUUUGUUAAUAUUGAACCAAGGCUUAGUCAGUGUCAUAUUUCUGGUUCUCAAGCUGGAAGUUUACAUGUUGAGUGAAAGGAUACUGAAUUGCUCAAAGGGUCCAAGAUCAAUCAUAUCAUGACGGAUGAAAAAAACAAAAAAGGAGAUGGGUCUAUCGAGCCCAUGGAAUAUCAGGACGACGAAAACCAAGAGCGAGGAAACUGGACGGGGAAAUUGGAUUUUCUGUUGUCUUGUUUGGGCUACGCCGUUGGUUUGGGAAACGUAUGGCGAUUUCCAUAUUUGUGUUACAAGCAUGGCGGAGGAGCGUUUUUGAUUCCCUACACAAUCAUGCUCAUUUUCAUUGGGGUCCCCUGCUUCUUCAUGGAAAUCAGCAUUGGUCAAUUCGCAGCCUUGGGGCCGGUGACCAUCUAUUCGAACAUGGCACCAUUGUUUAAGGGUUUGGGAUUUGCCAAUUUCAUGGCCAGCUCCUUUGUGGGUAUCUAUUAUAACAUGAUCAUCGCUUGGACCAUCUAUUACCUGUUUGCUUCGUUCACCUCACAUUUGCCCUGGUCGGAUUGUAACAAUGAGUUCAACUCAGAGUUUUGCUUCAGUAUCACGGAUUACAAGAACUGCUUAGAGUUGCGUGACAACUCGACGGAGAAUUCCGAUGCUAUUUAUCAUAUGGGCAGAUGCUUGUCCAAUGACGAUGAUUUGGCUAAGAUUCGAGACAAUCUCACACAUUUUUAUGGAUGUACCUUUGAGGAGAAGUUCUACAACAACCCACUAGACAAGACCGAUGGGGUGAACUACACCCUCCCCAAACCUGGAAUCUAUCUCAACUCCACUGAUUGCGUCGAGGCCGGUCGGGAGAAUGAAAUCCAAUCGCUCUUUGAUAUUCCCAACAGCAAGAGACGAACCGCUGCACAAGAAUACUUUCAAAAAAGCGUUCUAGUCCAAUCCAAUGGCAUCGAGGAAAUGGGAUCGAUUCAAUGGCAUUUGGCCUUGUGCCUGCUGGCUGCCUGGAUCGUGAUCUUUUGUUGUUUGAUCAAGGGGAUCAAGAGCUCAGGCAAAGUAGUUUACUUCACUGCCACGUUUCCCUACUUUGUACUCUUCAUACUCCUGGGUCGGGCUUUAUUCCUUGAAGGAGCAAUAGAUGGGAUCCGAUUUUACAUCAUUCCGGAUUUUGACCGUCUCAGCGACAUUUCGGUAUGGUCUGCGGCUGCGGUCCAAAUCUUCUUUUCCUUAUCUGUAGCUGGAGGAGGUCUGAUCACUUUGGCUUCCUACAACCCGUUCCAUAAUAACGUGGUUAGAGACACCGUCAUCGUGUGUCUAGGAAAUUGUCUCACCUCGUUUAUUGCCGGAUUUGCCAUUUUCUCCGUGUUGGGAUUUUUGGCUCAUGAGCUGGGUGUGGAUGUGCAAGAUGUGGUUCAGGAUGGAACAGGACUGGCCUUCAUCGCUUAUCCAGAUCUAGUGACAAGAAUCGUUGGAGCGCCUUUUUGGUCCUUCUUGUUCUUUGCCAUGCUUUUCACACUGGGGUUGGAUUCGCAAUUUGCCAUCGUGGAAACGAUUCUUACUGGCAUACUGGAUUUUGCUCCUCAAUGGCGAGGCAAAAAGACGUUGAUAGUGGGCAUUGUGUGCAUUGUCGGAUUCUUCUGUGGGCUUCCACUUACUUGUGAGGGUGGAGGAUACGUAUUGGAUUUCCUUGAUUUCUACGCCGCUGGAUGGCCAUACCUCUUCAUUGGGUUGACUGAAUUGAUCUUGGUGUGCUACGUUUAUGGCAUCGAAAACUUUAUGGACGAUCUCUAUAAUAUUUGUGGCUUCAAUCCGGGACUAUGGUGCAAAACCAUUUUCAUGUUUGUUUACUUAAUCAUUUCGCCGCUUCUUAUUCUGGUGAUACUAAUCGUGGAUUGGUCUCAGUACACUCCGCUUACAAAAGAUGAAUACGUAUACCCUUGGGCGGCCAAUGCUUUUGGGUUUGUGAUUGCCUUCAUCAGUAUCUUGGCCGUUCCCAUUGUAGCCGUCUAUUUGUAUGGCUCCACGUUGUUCGAGAAUUCCAAAAAUCAUCAAAUGUCCGACGCCCUGAAAAGAACAAAUGCGGAACUAUUAAGGCCCACGGCGGAAUGGCGAAAGAAUGCUGACCGAGCUAAAAGACAAGAUGCACGGAAUGGUAAUAAUGAAAGUGGAUUUGAAGGUCGAGACAAUCCCGGGUUAGUGACUGACUGAGAUCGAACCAAAUCGAAUCAUUGCAAGCUUAUUGAAUCAAACAUUAACUGUUCCUUACAAGUCGUCCCGAAUCACCUGCAAUAAUGACCAUAAUGAGAAUAAAGAACCCAUGUCUUUUGAGGGCUUGUUUCCCUCGAUUCGA